AUGGGCAACUAUGUGCCCACGAACUGCAUUGGAAACGGAUCAGAGUUCACUUCGGAUCACCCGACUUUCCCACGCGCCGAACCGAUUUUAGCCACCCAAGGUCGUAAUGCUGCCGCGGGUGCGGGCGAGCAACGACGUUUGGGCGGUCGUGAGAGAGGCGGCAACAUGGUAGACGAGCCCUCCGUCCCGCCCCCAAGCAAUAGUCCCUUUCGGGAGAACGGCACCCUCCUCGAGGAUGAGAUACCCACCUCAGAGCUGAUUAGAAAGGUGGUCAUUCAUAUCGAUCGGCCGAUGGAGAACCUGCCGGAGCUGACGCUACCGGAGUUGAAGUUGAUCGGCCGCCGCGUGAGCUUUAACGCCGAGACGCUGAUCGGGAAGGAGCUACUCAUGAUGAAAUACAUCGGCCUCGUGGGCGCGAUCGACAAGGAUACCGUCAUGCUCAUCCACGUCUUCCGCUUUAGGGUGAACGACAACGGGCCGCACGUGAUGCAGCCCGACCAGGCCCUCGGGUUUCUCUCGAAGCGCAGCAUCGGCGCGGGGCUGACCUCGGCGGGGUUGGAGACCUUCACCUGGGCGUUGGAGCCCGGCGGGGAGGCGGCCCUCCCCCCCCCUGCCGACACGGGCGGCAGCAUCAAACGCAUCUACGGGAAGCUGCUCGGGCAGCGGGUGGGGAUCGGGCCGAUCCCUUUUGUCACCUUCUCGCGAACUAGUAUCAGCCGCGUGAAUUUCGCACAGGACCCGGCGAAUGGGUUUUUCUCGCUCUUCAGCGACCCCUCGAGGCGGUACUUCGACAUGCAGUGUUUGCGGAUGUUCUGCCGGCGGUAUAUUGUGCACACGGUGCAGAAAAACAACCCCCAUCAGAUCCCGCUGCGUGCGUUCAUCGUGUACCGCUGCAACUGCCCGAAUAUCGACGAGAGGCUGCUCGUCAAGGUCACAAGGGAGGAGAUUGAGCAUCUGGUGAACGUCGAGCGCGCCGUCAAGCGGGCUAAAAAGAAAGCGGCUACCAUAAGUCGUACCGCGCUACGUGAAUACGUCCCUCCUUCCACCGCCUUUAGCAGAACUGGAGUUCUUUACCUCACGCAUAUACCUCAACAAACCUUCACGAUUGGGCUGGUAGUGAUCAUUUUUAGUCUGUUGGUCCUGUUUUUCUUCACGUUCCUACUGUUAUGUUGUACGCGAGUUGUUAUUGUUCCAUAUAUAAGACAAUCUAGGGUGUAUGUCUAUUCAGAAGGCGCUAUAUGCCUUGCAGCGGGUAUGCUCACUGUAGUGCAUUCCCUUUUGAUGAGGAUUUUCUCCCCAUGUAGUGUAAGGUUGUCGGGAGUUCGAUUUCUUUUUAGUGUUCUCGGUCUAGCGUCAUCCUUUAUGCUGGUUAUUGUGCUUGUUCAUAAUCUGAAGCAUGACCACUUUGAUAGCUACAUCCGUUAUGACCUUCCAAUCGAGGAACUUCUUGAAUACUAUAGGCAGAAAGGGUGUGAGGGGUAUACGAUUCCCUGUAUACCCCAGAACAAAGGAAUGGAGGACUAUAAGAAAUUUUGUUUCGGGAAAGACACAACCAAACCUCCCUGUGGUAACUACUUGGAACGCGAAUACUCUAUUGCUUUGAAUCCACUGCUAUGUGUUGUGCUACUUUUGAUGAUAUUUGUGUGCUUUGAGGAGUUCAUGCAUUUCAAGCUCUUAUACGUUACGCGUAUGCUACUUUCCCGCUCUCGCUGA